AUGUCAGUAACAAAUGUAGCCACUAGGGUAGUUGCUACGGCGAGAGAUUUUGACAAAGUUGGAUUAGGGAUCAUCGGAUACUAUCUUCAGUUAUACGCGGUGGAAUUGAUACUAAGUGAAGAUGAACGGUCGCAAGAAAUGACUGGACUAGCCACGGGGCUGCUGGAUACGAUUGAAGGGUUCAAAAAGGAAGUUAGCGGUGAAACUCAAGCAGAAAACAGUGACAAGAGUAUACAAGUCAUGAAUACCCUAAUACAUGACCAAGAAAAGGCUAAGGUGUACAUGCUCAAUUUUACAAUGUCACUGUAUAAUGAGAAACUAAAGCAAUUGAAAGAUGGGCCCUGGGAUGUUAUGUUGAGAAGGUCGCUUUGGUGUUGUAUUGACUUAUUUUCGUGUAUAUUACACCUUUGGAAGGAAAACAUAAAUGAAGCAAAUGUAAGUGCUUUGGAGAAACGAAUAAAAUACUGUAAACUUUAUUUGAGUAAGCUAGCCAAGGGUGAGAUUGGACCUGGAGAUGAGAAAGAGCUGGAUUACACUGACUUUAUAGACGACAACGAGGAGACAAAGGAUGAGGAAGUUGAUCAUUUGAUAAACAAUUUGAAAACUGAUAACAACGAGCAGACAAAUGAUGAGGAAGUUGGUCAUUUGAUAAAUAAUUUGAAAACUGAUGACAUCAAAACAGAAAAAGAGUGUUGGGAAGACCAAGUAAACUCUGAUGAGCCAGGAGACGACGUACCCGAAUUCAUUGACGAUUCCGAUAGCAUAGAUGGAGAAGAACCGAAACGCGGCAAGAGUGAGGGGUCGUAUAUACAUGACAGCAAACCGGAAGUCAAGCAAAGGGAGGUGCCGCCGCCUUCCCCAUCACCGGCGCACAAAUCGUAUUCAAAAGACGAGUUGGCCAACAUCAUGGAUAAGUCCAGUAAGAUUGAGCAAAUCCAAAAGCUUGCUAAAUACGCUAUAAGUGCACUAAACUACGAGGACCUGCCCACGGCCAAGGAUGAGUUGACCAAGGCGUUGGAAUUGCUCAACUCGAUUUGA